AUGCAGGUAGGGAAUGAGCUUGGAGCUGGUAAACCAUACAAGGCAAAACUCGCGGCCAUGGUUGCAUUAGGAUGUGCUUUCGUAAUGGGCUUCAUCAAUGUGGCAUGGACUGUGAUUCUUAGAUAUGGGUGGGCCGCGUUGUUUACGAAUGAUGAGCCCGUAAAAGCUUUGGUUGCAUCGGUCAUGCCAAUCAUGGGCCUAUGCGAGCUUGGAAACUGCCCACAAACAACGGGCUGUGGCAUCCUUCGUGACCGGCCCGUCAUUGGUGCUAACAUUAUUGGUUCAUUUUACUUUGUGGGUACACCGGUCGCUGUGGGCUUGGCAUAUUGGUUCAAAAUUGGGUUUAGUGGGCUUCGGUUUGGGCUUUUGUCUGCGCAGGUGGCAUGUGCUUUGUCAAUUCUAUAUGUUGUUGUGGUACGUACGGAUUGGGAAGCAGAGGCUUUGAAGGCAGAGAAGCUAACAAGAGGGGUAGAGAUGGGAAAUUGGAAUGGAAGUAAGAAUAAAGACAAAAUGAUAGAUGAUGAGGAAAACAAGGGUCUGUUGGUGUAUGGAAAUGGGAACAAAAUUGACAUUUGAUAAUAUAAAAAGGUUUUUG